UUUAUAAAUCUAUGCAUGUUUCCCGCAAGAAGAACUGAUGAUAGGUUGAACAAUCAAAGGUAAAAAGAAGCAAAAUUCAAAGCAGUGUUUGUGUUUAUCGUGAAGUGUUCUUCCAUCUGAAUCAUUCAUUCCUCUCUCUUAAUAUGCCCUCUGCUCAGGAUCCAUUUUAUGUGGUCAAGUCCGAGAUUCAAGACUCGAUUGAUAAGCUGCAAUCUACUUUUCAUCAAUGGGAAAGCACUUCCAAUGCUGCAGAACAGGGACGUCUUACGAAGGAGGUUCGUGCUGGAUGCGAAAGCAUAGAGUGGCAGGUGGAUGAAUUGGAUAAAGCAAUUGCUGUAGCGUCUAGAGAUCCUUCUUGGUAUGGAAUUGACGAAAUUGAGCUUGAAAGCCGAAGGACAUGGACAAGCAAUGCUCGAUCUCAGGUUGUCACAAUGAAGAAAUCAUUGGAGGCUGGAAAGGGCUCAAGUACCACAAGCCACAGCAGUGUAAAUGGGAUGCGCCAAGAACUCAUGAGGCUACCAAGUUCUCAUAAAAAUGAUACCUACAACCAGUAUGCUGCCCGAGAUAAUGAUGAUUUCAUAGAAUCGGAAUCAGAUAGACAAAUGCUUCUUAUAAAGAAACAGGAUGAGGAAUUAGAUGAGCUUAGUGAAAGUGUACGUAGAAUUGGAGGUGUUGGACUUACAAUUCAUGAUGAACUCACUGCACAGGACAGGAUUCUAGAGGAACUUGGUUCUGAGAUGGACAGUACAACAAAUCGUCUUGAUUUUGUCCAAGUGAAAAAAAGUGGGAAUGGUUAUGAAGAAGGCUAGUACAAAGGGUCAGAUCAUGAUGAUAUGUGCUUUGUUGGCCCUGUUCAUCUUCCUAUUUAUCUUAGUAUUCUUCACCUAGUCAUUGAGAUGAGUCCAGUCUCUGCUCUUUGUACAUGAAAAGAGAUCUCAUUUUUUUGUUGAUAUUGAAGAUUAAUAAUGGAAAUGCAUUUAACUAUCACUUAAAUGGAGGCCUUUGUUUUAUAUUUU